AUGGGUCGGCUCAACCGGAGUGAUACCACGGCCUCACAGAAAACCGGCAUGAAACAACCACAGCGUUGUGUUUCGCCGUGUGAAAUACAGAACAAACCAGAAGCCGCGUUCACUCAUAAUUACAUGUCGUCAAAUGUGUCCAAAAACAAUACGUCAAUCCCCCCGCCAGCCGCACUUCCCACCCGCGUAGUGUUGCCGACAGUGGAACAAUUCCCUUGGUUUGGGGUAAUUUUACAACAGGAGGACAGACCCUCAUCCCGUCCACGUGACGAUGUAGGCAACGACGGAACACGUGCUGAUGACGUCACGACAACGUGCAGCUCCCCUUUAGCUGGACACGUGACUCCUAAAGCCCUGAAGUUGUAUGGAGACAGGUUAUCAGAGUGGGAGAGGAACGAGGUCAGGAAGUAUCCUGAAGUGUGGUUCUUGGGGCUGGACUCCAACAAAGUGCAGGCGCGUGCCAACCUACCCAACAACUGCGGGUUUGAUGACGAGAAUGGCAGCUAUAAUAAGGUGAGAAUCCAUGUAGAAGUAGAUGAGUCCCUGAUGCAAAUCCACGACCACAUAGCCUACAGAUAUGAGAUUUUGGAAGUGAUCGGCAAGGGUUCCUUUGGGCAAGUCAUCAGGGCUCAAGAUCAUCGCACAGGUACUCAGGUCGCGAUCAAGAUCAUCAGGAAUAAGAAGAGGUUCCAUCAUCAAGCGCUGGUGGAAGUGAGGGUGCUGGAUCAUCUCCGAUUGAAGGAUAAGGACCAAGCCCACAACGUGAUUCAUAUGCUGGACUACUUCUACUUUAGAAACCAUCUUUGCAUCAGUUUUGAGCUUAUGAGCAUCAACCUGUACGAGCUAAUCAAGAAGAACAACUACCAAGGGUUCAGCCUGAGCCUCAUCAGGAGAUUUGCCAGCUCCCUACUCCGAUGCCUCAGGUUACUGGAAGGGGAAAACAUCAUACACUGUGACCUCAAACCAGAAAACAUCUUGCUAAAAGCCAGAGGUAGUUCCUCAAUCAAGGUGAUAGACUUUGGGAGCUCCUGCUACACGCAUGCGAGGGUCUACACCUACAUACAGUCCAGGUUCUACAGGAGCCCUGAGGUCAUUCUGGGACUGCAGUACGGGACCCCUAUCGAUAUGUGGAGCAUGGGAUGCAUCCUAGCGGAACUCCACACGGGCUACCCUCUAUUCCCGGGCGAAAAUGAAUCAGAACAACUGGCUUGCAUCAUGGAGCUGCUGGGACCACCUCCACCAGAUCUGCUGCUGCACGCUACCAGGAAGAGAUUGUUUUUUGACUCAAAAGGCUGCCCCCGCAGCAUCACUAACUCCAAGGGUCGCAAGCGGAGGCCUGGCACCAGGGCACUCACCACCAUCGUGAGGUCCGAUGACCCAGCCUUCCUGCACUUCUUGCACAGAUGUCUUGAAUGGGAUCCAAAGCGACGAAUUACUCCAACCGAAGCUUCUCGUCACGAGUUCGUCACGGGAUGUGCUCUGGGUACUGCCCCAGCUGGAGUGCUGGCAUUGCCUCGACUGGCCCCACCGCGACCUACACGAGGAGCCCUCUUACACUCGCAGUCCGCGGGCGAUGUCGCCGCCAUGUUGGGCAGGGCGUGA